UGUUCAUGCGAGCUAUGGUUGAAUAAAAUCCAAUAUAAUUAUUUUGUGCUUUGCGUUACAUAAUUUACAUUUUUUGCAAUGUUUAUAAAUAGUGGCACGUGAUCGGUGCAUUGAAAAAAUUAAAUGCUGAACACUUUAGCCUACAAUUACACAGGAAGUGAAACGAAGUGUUUUGUUGGAGUAGUGGUGAGUGGGGACCGACCAUGUCCAGAAAAAUGGAACUACCAGCACACUCAUGUUGUACUCCGAGCGAUCGUAGUCCUACAUAGGCAACAUUAUCUGCAUGCAUUCGAAGAAGACAUUUUGUUGACAGCUAAGAGUCUGUUGUCUAGAUCUAGAAUCUACAUCAUGGAUUCCAUGAAUUAUGGAUCUCUGUCGGCUGAAUUGCCUCCGGUCCCAGUUACAGUUCCAGUGGCUGGCAGUCACAAGUAUCUGUCUGAUGGAGAGAUGGAGGCCUUGUCAAUCUUAAGUUUGAUAACUGCUGGAAUAAGCUUAAUUGGAUCUGGAUCUGUUCUUGUGUGCUCAGUAUACUAUGGCAGAGUGUGCGUCGCUGAGAUAUUUCCCACGUUUCACUUGGCAGUGGCAGAUUUGCUGUCUUCUGUGUUUCUGAUCUUAAGCUCCUGUAUAUUCCUAUCUGGAAGUCCGUCAUUCCCUGGCAGUGAAGGCUCUUGCGAUUACAUCAUGACGCUAGUCACAAGCUUCUACACAAGUGCAUUCCUUCUUACCAUCACGUAUGCCUUGGAAGCACUGUUCAGGUUCAGACGAAGACUGUCAGAGGGGUCAGCUGUGAGUGCAUUAUCAAUGAGAGUAGUGAGCACCAAUUGGAUGUAUGUGGCAUAUGUACUGUCUUGGUUGAUCCCUCUGAGUCUGGCCAUAGUGCUGAUGGUGGUCACUCACUCUCUGGAAGACUACAUGGAAUUCUCCAACUACACCAGCCUUAUUGGGGUUAUCCCGAGGCAGUGUUCCUCAUGCUUUGCCAAUUUUCGCUUCAAUGAAAAUGAAUGCUGGGAGCAAGUCAUUAAUGGUGAAAAAUGGCAUCGGAUGGUUCGACUCAUAUUUCUCAUCCCUCUGAUCCUGGCCAUGGUGUGCAACAUGGGGCUAUAUGUUCUGAUUGGUAAAGUUUUCAAGCAAGUUGCCAUGAGAAGAGGUCUAUUGAGCUACCAUCAGCGUCAAGAAGAGAGUAUCCUUAAAAAGAAAGCAAUGCUCUAUCAGGGCAUUUUUAUCUUAUGUUGGAUUCCUUCUGUCAUCAUUGGAAUUUUGUCCUUUACCCCGGGUUAUGAAAUGGACGACUUCUACUGGUUGCUUUUGAUCCAGGCUAUCUUAGGCCCCCUCCACGGCGUCAUGAACAGUCUGCUCUACGGCUGGAGACGGGACAGUUUUCGCCGGGCACUCUCUGAGCACUCCUCACUGCUGAGCACCAACAGAACCAUUUGCCCAUUCUCGCAGAGAUUCCUGAGAAGAUAUGCAGCAGAAUCGUCAGGGGAUGAUGGAAGUGCAAGUCACAACAGUGGCUCUGUUGGCUCUUCAUAUAGCAGUUUUGCCUUUUGGAGAAGGCACAAUGGCCUAUGAAAAGAAAAUCCUUUCUGAUAUUCCUUGCUGAUCAUGACAGAAGUCUUAUUCUGUACCCAUGUCAUAGGAGGGAUGCGAGUCGAUAAGACACCAAACUUAGUUGGAACAAGAUAUUGCGGCCAGCAUUUUAGUCGCCUGAUUGAUAUUUUUUGCUCUAAGUGAUGUAUAAAAUGACUGCAACAGGGUGUGUUUAUGUUAUAUUGAACGUACUUAAAUCACACAUAUUCGUCGUACUCCCAUGAAAACAAUUGUUCUAUCAGUAGUGUAGCUUUGAGUUGUAAAAAACUCGGUCAAAAGGCAUUUUAGAUCUAUUUAUGUGAGCAGGCGAGAAAGACUGAUGAGAGUUGUGUUUUCGUCAGUAAUGAAUAACCAGUACAUUCUAAAAUUGGCAUAAUCAUUUGUCAUUGAAUGGGGAAGUCUCUGGGAUUUGUAUGGUCAAGCGAGUUUGGUGUUGAGCCACUCGUUUUAAUUUUACUUCUCUACUGCACAUACAUCUGUUUCUAAAUUCAGGCUUUCUUUGUGAUCUUGAAUACAUAACUUAAAAGG